AGCCGUAGAAGCAGCAGUAGGAAGCGCUUCCAGCUCCGGUGAGAUGUGAAAGAGCGCUAGUUAGUGCAGUGCAGCCCCAUAAGUUUAUGUCGGAUAGAGCGAGAUAGGAAGCAGCUGGAAAAUCGAUUUGUACUUCUGCUUCUGCUGGGUAGUAGUACACCGUCGUAGUCGUCUUCGUCGUCGAUAUAGACCACUGUUAGGCUAAAACGGGGAGGGCAGUGUUCCACGGGGAAGGACUGUGGUGUGUCUGUCAAAAAUAAAACACAAGAACACACAGAGCCAGCACAGACCUAUUUCAAGUAUCAACAAAAAAGCGAGAAAAUAAAAAAAAGGAAUCUCGCACUUACGGGAGAAGGAAAAGCAAAGCGAGAAAAAUGCCGAGUGCUUCGUUUUCCUCGUCCCGGUCGUACGUGCGACGAUCCCGCAGGAAGGGAAAUCGGAUUCCAUUGCCGUCGAGAACGUCAGCACUCUGCGAGCCACCAUGUCAAAACAUUCCGGCCCCAAACGUGGGCGCAGCACCAACCGGCCAGCAGAACAACGGUCCCACCUUAGCCGCCGCACCCGGUUCCGGAUCGUCCGUCAAUCCCGCCUCUUCCAGUUCCUCCAACAGUGGCGGCAGCAGUAGCAGCAACAACACCAACAACAACAACAACUCCUCCUCCUCCUCCUCCAAUGGCAGCAAUGUAAAUAACCCCAACAAUCCGAAUAUACCAAUCAGCACAAGUACAAGCACAUCACCACCUUCGUCGUCGACGGUGCCGUCGUCCUCCACCUCGUCUUCAUCACAGGGAUGUUCUUCCGUACCUUCCUCGUCACUGCUAACCGGGGGAGCAGCGUCUUCGUCAUCUUCCCUGGCGGUGGCGUCCUCGUCGUCGUCGUCUUCGUCGUCGCCGUCAGUAUCCUCGAAUGCCAUUUCCUCGGUUGCCCUAUCCGAGGUCAAACAGAACUCAAACUCGCCGUAUGAUCUAAGAAAGAAAUCGCCACUGGCGGCACAUGACUCGGGCAGCUGGCUGGCCGGGUCUGGCAGUUCCGGUGGAUCCAGUGGAGCAGGACCAUCGUCCUCCGGUGGGAGCUCAAGUUCUAGCAGUAAUAAUAGUCAUAGUCUCUUACAAUCGCAUCAGUAUCAAUCUCUAGCCUACGAUGGCAAUGCUGCCUACAUGCUUCCGGCACGGAAGCGACCUAGACGUACUUACUCUACCAGCACAGAAACGGCUGUAUCGUCGGCGGGCAAUUCCGGGAGUUGCGUCGGCAGUGGUUCGGGCAAUUCCACCGUUACUUGCAAUAGUGCCACCGUGUCUGCACAUUGUAUGCAAUCGGCCGCUCAUUACCUGCAGUACGAGAUGCCGGACGAAGUUCUGUUAACCAUCUUUUCCUACCUGCUCGAGCAGGAUCUCUGCCGGGUGUCGCUAGUGUGCAAGCGCUUCCAGACCAUUGCCAACGAUACGGAACUUUGGAAGCGGCUCUACCAGAGCGUCUACGAGUACGACCUGCCACUGUUCAAUCCAGAACCGUGCAAAUUUAUCUUUGUCAAACCGGAAGAUUCCGACUACGCCAACCCGUGGAAGGAAAGCUUUCGACAGUUAUACAGAGGAAUUCACGUGCGGCCCGGCUAUCAGGAUCGAAGGUACCAGGGCCGUAGUAUAUCGUACUUCAACACGGUGCAGGCAGCGCUGGACUACGUCGACGAGAAGAAUUCGGCCAACAACAAUCCUGUCGGCGUGGUGGGCGGAAGCAAUAGUAGUAGUAACAACAGUAGCAGUAGUAGUAAUGGCAACAAUAGUAGCUCUAGUAACAAUUCCGGUUCCAGUACCAACGGCGGAACUGCCGGGGGUGGCGCAGGAGGUGACGAAAACUGCCCAUUGGAGAACAAUGGAUCGCUGAUCUUCCUUCACCAUGGAACGUAUCGGGGAGAGUUCCUGGUAAUCGAUUCCGAUGUGGCGCUGAUUGGAGCAGCGCCCGGAAAUGUGGCGGAGUCGAUCAUCCUGGAACGGGAAUCGGAAUCGACGGUGAUGUUCGUGGAGGGUGCCAAGCACGCUUACGUGGGCCAUAUGACGUUGAAAUUUUCGCCUGACGUGACAUCGACGGUACCCCACCACAAGCACUACUGUCUGGAGGUUAGCGAGAACUGCAGUCCGACAAUCGAUCACUGCAUCAUCCGGAGUACGUCUGUAGUGGGAGCAGCGGUCUGUGUCAGUGGCGUGGGGGCCAAUCCGUUAAUCAAGUACUGCGACAUUAGCGAUUGCGAGAAUGUCGGCCUGUACGUCACGGAUUAUGCCCAGGGGACGUACGAACACAACGAGAUCAGCCGGAACGCGCUGGCCGGAAUUUGGGUGAAGAAUUAUGCUAGUCCAAUCAUGCGUGAAAACCACAUCCACCACGGUCGGGAUGUUGGAAUUUUCACCUUCGAUAACGGGAUGGGAUACUUUGAAAAGAAUGACAUUCACAACAAUCGAAUAGCGGGUUUCGAGGUGAAGGCCGGCGCCAAUCCGACGGUGGUCAAGUGCGAAAUCCAUCACGGUCAAACCGGUGGAAUUUACGUCCAUGAGAAUGGCUUGGGCCAAUUUAUAGAGAAUAAGAUCCAUUCCAAUAACUUUGCGGGUGUUUGGAUCACAUCCAACAGUAACCCGACGAUACGGAAGAACGAAAUUUACAACGGUCAUCAGGGUGGGGUGUACAUAUUUGGCGAAGGUCGAGGACUGAUUGAGCAUAACAAUAUCUACGGUAAUGCAUUAGCUGGUAUUCAAAUUCGAACGACGAGCGAUCCGAUCGUGCGGCAUAACAAGAUUCACCAUGGUCAGCAUGGGGGCAUUUAUGUGCACGAGAAGGGCCAGGGCCUGAUCGAGGAGAACGAGGUGUACGCCAAUACGCUUGCCGGGGUUUGGAUAACGACCGGAAGUACGCCGGUCCUAAGGCGGAAUCGCAUCCACUCGGGCAAGCAGGUCGGAGUGUACUUUUACGAUAAUGGCCACGGCAAGCUGGAGGACAAUGACAUCUUUAACCAUCUGUAUUCGGGAGUGCAAAUCCGAACGGGAAGCAACCCGGUGAUCCGCGGGAAUAAGAUCUGGGGAGGCCAAAAUGGUGGCGUGCUGGUGUAUAACGGAGGGCUGGGACUGCUGGAGCAGAAUGAGAUUUUCGACAAUGCGAUGGCCGGUGUGUGGAUCAAGACUGAUUCGAAUCCAACGUUGAAGCGGAACAAAAUCUACGACGGCCGUGACGGUGGUAUCUGCAUAUUCAACGGCGGGAAAGGGGUCCUGGAGGAGAAUGACAUUUUCCGAAAUACUCAAGCCGGAGUGCUGAUAUCGACCCAGAGUCAUCCGAUUCUGAAGCGCAACCGGAUAUUCGACGGAUUGGCGGCGGGCGUUGAGAUUACCAACAAUGCUACGGCAACGUUGGAGUUCAAUCAAAUCUUCAACAACAAAUUCGGCGGACUGUGUUUGGCGAGUGGCGUCCAGCCGAUUACCAGGGGCAACAAGAUAUUCAACAACCAGGACGAGGUGGAGAAGGCGGUCUCCGGUGGUCAGUGUCUGUAUAAGAUCAGCUCGUACACGUCCUUUCCGAUGCAUGAUUUCUACCGGUGUCAUACGUGCAACACGACCGACCGGAACGCGAUUUGCGUGAAUUGCAUCAAAACGUGCCACGCGGGGCACGAUGUCGAGUUCAUCCGGCAUGAUAGAUUCUUCUGUGAUUGUGGUGCUGGUACCCUCACCAACCAAUGUCAGCUGCAGGGCGAACCCACGCAGGACACCGACACGCUGUACGAUUCCGCGGCGCCAAUGGAAUCGCACACCUUGAUGGUAAACUAGGGUCUUGUUAUAUUUAUCAUACUGUGUUAAACUUUAGUGAAGGCAAACAAGGAGGAACCAUGAUCAUCGCUCGCAGACACGCCUACAAACAAAGGGAAAGAAAAUCAGCAUACUGACCUUAAACCCAGUUAUCGGCUCCGGUAGGAAGUGCGCAUAGUGUCUCCAUGGCUAGAUCAAGCUACCAAGUCGUGCUCGUGCUUUUUCCUGAAAGUAUUCACACACAAAAAAAAAAAAACAAAUGUUUAAGCAAAAGCUACCAUUGUGAACCAUUGAAGCGAUAUAAUGGACGAGGAUCAUGUGUAGUAGUAGUAGUAGUAGUUUUUUUGUAAAAAGGAAUUACUAACUAAUCGACUCAAGCAAACGAAAACGGAAACCAAUAUUUAUCGCCACACAUUCCCCACCUUUCGAGUCCUCGUUUACUCCCAAAAAAAAAAAACAACCUCCCAGAUAUUGAUACUCAAGUUCACAAAAAAAGAGCACGACAUAGACCACGGUAGACGAUCGAAUCUCGUUUGAUUUUAUAGUGUUAGUAGUUGGACGAAAAACCAAUGUUGAAUCGAUCGAUGGGUGCAAAGUUGCGACAGGCUUUCCUCCAUUAGCUUUCCCAGUGAUUAAAUUUGUUUGUUUGUUUCUGGAUGAGUGUUUUUGUGCACGUAUUUUUUGUGAAGGAAAACAAAUGGAUCGUAGGUUUUCGAUUGCCCUUGGACAUUUUGUGACAUGCAAUGUGUAAGUAUUAUUUUUUUGUAUCUGAAAGUGUACCCCUAGGCUUUCUUCGGAAUCAAAUUCUACAUACAGUUCCCCUGACGUAUACAAUAUUAGCGAUGAAUGUUUUAUUUUUUUUUCCGGGCGCCAUGCUUUUUGUUUCAUUCAAGGAGCAGGCUAAAACAAACAGAAACUGUGUAUAAAGUGUAAAUGUGAGCGUGUCGACAGAGUGCGACAGGAGCUAAGCAAAUCUGAUAUUAUCUGUACUAAUAUUUAUGUUUUUAGUUUUAGUUAGGUGUUUUUGUGUCCAUUUUCGUGUCUUUGUAACUUUGAAACUGUGUAAACAUGUUGCCUUUUCUGUAUCUAGGUAAAACAGUACAGGUCCCUAUUUAUCUACUUUCUGCAGCAGCUUUUUCAAUUAGGAUUCAAUUGAAUAUUGUUUUUUUUUUUGCGAACAAGAACGAGAUAAAAAAGUACUGCCGAAUUAUUAUAUAACAACAGUGGUAGACAAGUGUGUAUUUGUAAUUUUUGUCCAAGUUUAUUAAUCACAAUCGCAUUAGUCAACUGUUUUUCGAAGCACGACGAUGGCAGACACUUUCAGAGUGUGAUACGCUCGGAUUCGUUACUUUGAUUCCUCCGGUAGAACUUCAGGUUAUCACGAGGACAAGCUUAUAGAGUACGUCCUAUAUGUGUCCACAGGGCCCCGUGGAAAGUUUAGAUAAAUGUGGAGGCAUAUCCAGAAAAGAGUAAAUCUAGAGAAGCUAAGUCCAGACGUCAUGGUAGCACAUUUCUUCAUAAGACAAAAUAUUAUCCAUCAAAUUUAUCCCAUAUUUUCGAGUAGUCAGUUUCAAAUCUGUGCUAUCGGAAAGUUCAGAGAACAGUCAUAACAAAUUAUAAGUUUCAAAGCGAA